AUGUUACUUAAAAAUGUAUAUUUUUUCCAAGCUGGAAUUGGAAUCUUUGCCAAUACCUUCCUCCUUGUCUUCCACAUCUUCACAAUCCACCAGCUUCAUAGGCCAAGGCCCACUGAUAUAACUACCUCUCAUUUAGCUUUUGUCCACAUUGUAAUGCUACUUACUGGACUACUCAUUUUAUCUGAAGACUUGUUCCAAUUGUUGAAUUUUUCAAAUGCAUUGAAAUGUAAGCUUUUGUUCUACGUGAGUAGAAUGACACGGAAUCUCUCCAUCUCCACUACCUGCCUUUUGAGCAUCAUUCAGGUCAUCACCAUCAGUCCCAGCUCCUUCUGCUUGUCAAGAUUUAAACAGAAGCUCACAAAUUAUAUUAUCAUUGCUUUCUGCUGUUUUUGGUCCCUCAACCUGUCUUCCAAUAGCCACAUGAUCAUCUACACUGUAGCUCAUUCCAACAAGACCAAUCUACUCACUGUCAGUAAGUACUGCUCACUUUCCAUGAUGAACUCUGUCGUCAUGGCACUAUUUCUCUCACUUUCUUUGUUCCAGAACAUCUUCUUUGUAGGUAUCAUGCUGCUGUCCAGCAUGUUCAUGAUAAUUUUCUUAUGUAGCCAUCACAGGAAGUCUGAGUACCUUCAUAGCAUGAGAAUUUCCCCAGCAAAACGGGCCACUUGUACUGUCUUAGUGUUGGUGAGUUUCUUUGUGAUUAUGUACUGUGUGGAUAUCAUCAUCUCAUCGUUCUCAACUGUAUUGCAGAAAUAUGAACCUGCAUUCCUGGAUGUGCAGGCAGUUGUGGGAAAUGUCUAUGCAGUUGUGAGUCCAUUGGUGCUUAUCAGUUCUGAUAAAAGAAUAAUUGUCAUUCUGCAAAAGUUGACUGAAAUGAUAAUAGUUUUGUCAAGUUGA